AUGACCAAGAGAUACAACAACACGGGGGACUGCUCUCUCGAGGAAUAUACAGGACUAUUCCUCCACCUCGCCAACGACUCCCGUUACCCGGACAGCUUUCUGUGCGGAAUCUACUUCCACGGACUUAACAUCUCCAGUCAGGCGCAGCUGUCCGGGAGCGGUCCUCAGGAGAGCAUCGCCGCUUACGUCGACUCGAGAAUGGAAGGCAAACAGAACAGGACCCAAAAUAUAAAACAAGCAGAAGAAGAAGAGGAGCAGAAGUGUCUUUCCUUUCCUUCUGAGCCGAUACUAAACGGAGCACGCAAACGCUCGAAAAGAAAGACAGUUUAUGAAAAAGCUGUGACAAAAAGACGUCUAGAGCAGGAAAGAGCUAAAACCCGAGUUAACAUCGGAGUUGCUUUUCCACGCUGGAGACAACUGCGAGAGUCAAAGUGUCUGAAAACAGAUGCCAUGGUUGCACUUUUUCUUCUGGACAGUUACGAGAAAAGUACAACAUCCACAUUUUUGGAGCAUGAUUUCAUAAAGCCACCGCCACCAGAGUCUUCCUACGAAGAGUCUGAAAUCAAGUUUCUCGUCAAGGAGGAAGAGGAGGAGAAACCUGCCUGUAAAAAUUGAGAGUUUAUGAUGAGAGCGAGAAGGAUACUUUUGUUGGUGCUCGGACAACAGCAUCUCUGGGAUUCAGCCGUGUGUCUGUGAAGAGCAACAGAUAUUCCCCCUGAUCUCAGUGAACUCUGACUCUCUGUUCACGUUGAGGAUCAACGAGUGCUUCUCAAAGGUCCAGAUCAGCAGAAGAAGUGGGUAGAUGGUGAAAGGAAGGACUCUGGCCUGAAACAACCGUGUUGCCACCUCCAUUGAGACUGGAUUUCAACUGACAAAAUGAUUAAAUCUACUAUAUAUUCUGCUCAGGAGAGUUUUUCAAUCUGUCAGUUUUAAUACGGUACUCAUGAUUGUUCAUGUCUUUCAUCAAGUUAUUAAUGCUACAGUAUGAUACUCAUGUAAACAUUCUUGCAGAUUGUGGGAGAGUUUUCUUUAUGUAUUGAUGGUGGUUAAUAAUUCACUUGUUUUACAACAAUAGUCCAGUCUUUUUGAAGAGUUUUCUAAAUGUAAUAGUUACAUGUAACAGCAAAUACACAACACUUUGGAUUCAUCUCAAUCUUUAUGUAUAAAGAAGAAACUACUGUCUUGUAGCAAAAAUGUAACUUGUGGCAUUUAGCAAUAGCCUAAUGGACAUAUUUAUUAAAACAUGUUAUCGAGA